AUGGUCGCAUUGUAUCUCCUAUUUUUCAUCAUAUCAGCGGCGUUUCUCUACAACCAAGCAGCAAAAAAUAUCCCCUCGCGACGGAACGCUGCGCAGGCACCAAGAUCGAAGUUUGGUAUUGUGAAGGUGAAAAAGGAUAACCUUGGCUUGCGUUCUCGCGCUGGUGGUGUAGAUGUCAUAUUUGUUCAUGGUCUUGGGUCGAACCCUGAUACAACCUGGAGAGCAGAAAAAGCCCAAGAAGAGUCUCAUUCCAGACUGAAUAAAGAAUAUGUUUGCUGGAUCACGGACUUCCUUCCAGAAGAUAUCCCUUCACCACAACGCGAAGAUGUGCGACUCUUUUUCUACAACUAUGAUUCAUUCUGGCAGAGGGAUGCUGUACAGACCCGACUGUAUAGGCUAGGAGCCGAAAUGUUAGAGAGGAUUAGGCAUAUUCGGGAGAAAGAAGAAGAGCACGACCGUGACUUGAUCUUUGUCGGACACAGCUAUGGGGGCCUGGUCAUCAAAGAAGCUCUUAUUCAGGCCAACGCAAACAAAGAAUCUACUGACAUUAUUGAGCAUGUAAAAGCGGUCCUCUUUUUAGGAACUCCGCAUCGUGGCUCAAACUUUAGCAGCUGGGGCAAGGUGAUAGCUAGUCUCCUUCAGCCGCUCAGCUCUAAUCCAUCUAUCCUGGGAGAACUCACUUAUGAUUCUCUAUCUCUGCACGACUUGCAUGACAGAUUCAUGAAAGUUGCGACCAAAAUCCAAUAUAUUGCCAAUUUCUUUGAGCAGCGUAAAACACGGAUCCUCAAAGUAUGGUGGUUUCACUGGGAAGAAUUUUGUGUUCGGGAACAAUCCGCCACUUUUAGUAUCCCGAAUCAGCUCACUCAGGUCAAAAAUAUAGGCCUCACUGUGGAUCAUUAUGGCUUGAAUAAAUUUCAAUCCCGAGAGGGCAAUUUUGAAAUGAUUUUCGAAGAGCUUUGGGGGGCGAUUAAGCCAGUGCUCGCGCAGCGACAGCGUUCCCUAUAUUCAGUGCCCAUUCAACCAGUGAGAAGCUUUACAGAGCGAGCCGCUCUUUCCAAAGAAAUUGAGGAAAAGCUACAACAGGAUUCCUUGGAUCGACCUCGACCGCAUGCAGCCGCUAUUUGUGGGCCUGGCGGCACCGGCAAGACUCAGUUGGCAUUAAAGUAUAUUGAAGACAACAAAAACAAGUUUAACCCGAUACUGUGGGUCGAUGCCGAGGAUGAGGAGACAGCACGGACGAGUUUUGAACAAUGUGCCACUGUACUCCAGAUUCCAGUAGAUCGAACCUUAGGGCAGGGGUCGCAUCCAAGAGAUUCGCCCACCGUACAGGCUGUGCGUCGGUGGCUUCAACACUGUAAAGAAUCAAAUGAAGAGUGGCUAGUGGUUUUUGAUAAUGUUGACAACAUGACCUGGGGCGUUUUCGACAUACUACCUCGAGGUCAGAGAGGGAAUAUCAUUAUCACUAGCCAAGAUGAACAAUCGUGGAAGCUCCUCGAUGGCUGUGAGAAAGUAUCAGUCGAAAUAAUGAAUCCCCUCGAGGCGAGGGGUCUUCUUUUUUGGCACCUCAAUCUUGGUCAUCAACCAGUAGACCAGGACACUAAGGACUUAUGUGAUCAGGUAGCGGAGCGGUUGGAAAAUCUACCUCUAGCAGUUGAUCUUGCAGGGGCAUAUAUCGCAAAUGCUUUGGAUUCACAACCAAAUCCACAAUCUGCGCUCACACAGUACUUGGAUUACUAUGCGAAACAUCAGAACCGGCUGUUGCGGAACAGUCGGUACAAUGGUCUCUCGAGCUAUGGAAAAACAGUGUGGACAGUCUGGGAUACAACAUUGCAGAAGAUAGAGGAGAGGUACUCCGGUCGACAUUCAAAGCUUUUGCUCAUAUUCCUGGGCCACUUUUCAAGCGGAUUUGUUCAAGAAGAGCUGUUCAGGCUCGCAAGUCUUGGAUUUGCCUCUGUUCAGCAUGAUAUCUUUGCAGGACAUGAAGAUUUCCCUGACUGGCUUAAGGAAUUUUUAACCAUCGACGGGGAUAGGUGGGACGACUUUUAUUAUGGAGAAGCGCUUGAGCCGCUGAUCAACUACGGUCUCCUCAGGUCAGUGAAGGAGGAGUGGUCUGGUGUCAGAAUGCAUAGCCUGGUUCGAUGGCGAGCGAUGCAGUACAAAUAUGACUAUCAGGAGCCAUGGAACAGAUGGCACAUGGAAUUUAUGCUGGGAGCAUGUCAUGAGCUGUUGAAGGAUACUGCCAAGCCGCAGUUUCGAAGGCAUAUAGUCAUCCAUAUACCGCAGACUAGUCCGUCUUCGAUUAAAUCUAUCAAUGAAGAAGGCAGAGCGAAGAUGUGGGACAUAUUGGGUAAGACCUACAAUGGCGAAGGCCGGUAUGAAGAGGCAGAGGUAAUGCAUCAACGAGCACUAGGAGGGAGAGAAAAGGCGCUGGGGCCAGAGCAUCCGAGCACACUGGUCAGUGCCAUCAACCUCGGCAGGGUCCUUGAGAGGCAGGGGAGAUAUGAAGCGGCAGAGGCAGUCCGUUGGCACCACCUUACUGAUCAACAACAGGUGUGAUGUAUUGCUAAGAAUUGCUAUCUGAAAUACUCUCCAAUAUUUUCUAAUCUCUACUUAAAAGGAGGGUCUGGGAUAGCUGAACAUUAUAUAUUUCUCCAGUUUGCCAUAAAUUCGAGCAAUUUCUACCUGGUUCUCAGAUGGUGUGGCAAGUUGCCACUAUUUUUGGAGGUGCUAAACCUUUCUGCUACCUCCGUGGGCGAAUAUUUCGGUCAAUUGAAUCGAGC